AUGGAGCGGAGCCUCGAAAUCCCAGAAGCCCAGGUCGCGAUCGAUUUCUUCGACGACGAGAACGGCUUCAACUUCCACGUCCGGGUCCUCCUUGUGCCGGCGGGUGCUGGCAAGUGGCUCUGGAUCACCCUAGACUGCGCUGUGCAGUUCGGGGACCUCACGGCUCAUCGCGUGGCUAUCCGGGAGCAGGCGGUGGCGCUGGCGGCGGUGCUGGGCAUCGAGGUGCCUCGUGGUGCCGCGGCUGCUCCGCCUCGCUGGGGCGCCGCCGACCCCGCCCACUUGCAGUUCGGGCAGGUCCUCGACGCAGCGAUCAGUGGCGACGAGGACCGCUUCGUCCGCCGGGGGGCGGUGGCGCUGGCCAUGCUGGAUACCGACGACGACGAGGGGAGCUUCGCGGUCUGCGAGAACGUGCGGGAGGAGCGCCACCAGCAGUGGCUAGACGAGAAGCGCUCAGGUGGGCCGCGGCGCGCCACCUUCGACCAAGCCAUCGGGUCGCGCCGCCCGCAGACCGCCGAGGACUGGGUGUUCCGUGGACCCAAGUCGUUGCUGGAGUUUCUGACCAGCGUGAGGGCCUCAGGUCUUGGCAUCGCUGGCUACGCGAAUCGCUGCAUCACGAGCAGGGGGAUCCCGCCGGGCAGCGGGGCGGCCCACGAGAUUCGGCUCCUGCUCGAGGCGCUGCGGCACUUCAUCGAGUGUGGCCAGGUCGACGUCGCGAACCUCGCAGGGGCAGGGCUCCUGGUGGCCAUGGGCUCGUUCGGCGGCCGCUGCAGUCUUGUUUUCAGGUUUGUCUCGAAGGCCUUUCGGGAGCUUCUCAAAUCCAGCAACAUCUACUCCGAGGAGGGCCGGCUCACCGUGCGGCCCUUCGUCCAGGGCAAGGUCUCCCUCUUGCAGGUCUCGGUAGAGCCUCGGGGGGCGUUCGACUUUGUUUCCGAUCGCGUUCGGCAAGUUUUGUUGGCGCCCGAGAGGUUCCUGGAGCGCCACUCCGACGAGUUCUCAGACCAGCCCCGCAUCGAGCCAUGCUGGGACCCCCUCCUGAACCCGAGGGUCCGCGCCAACCGCCCGCGGCUGCUCGCGCAGUUGCGGCGCCUCGCCGACAUGGGCGUCGUGGUGGCCACCCGCCGGGAGAAGGCGAUAGUGGGCCUGUUCUUCGUCGACAGGAAGGGCGACCGCCUCCGCGUGAUCGUGGGCGGCCGGCAGCCCAACCAGUUCCACAGGCUGCCUCCUCAGACCAGCAUGGCGUCGGUGGAGGCUCUCGCGUCGGUGCAGGUCUGGGCCGACAGGCGCCUGCGCUGCUCGGUGUGCGCGAUCCCGCAUCUGUCCGAUUGGUUCGUGUUCGACGUGCCGGGCGCCCGCGCGGUGGACCUUGUCGCGCAGCAGGUCUACGACGGCGACGCGGGCACCUUCGUCGAGGCUGCCCCGGGCGACUACGUGUGGCGGGCCAACGGCGGGCAGGCGUUGGGCUGGUCCUGGGCUCUUUGGAUCUGCCGCGAGACGUUGGCCCGCGUGAUGAGGUCCUCUGCGGGCCCCCGCGAUGUCAUGGUGCUGGACACGGCGACGGCGGCGCGCAUGGGGCGCGGCAGGGUGGGGGCCCCCCCGUGCGUUGACAACGCCAACAUCAUCGGGGUCGAGCGCGACCUCGCGCAGGCCAGGCUCGAGCGCAUGACGGCGGCCCUCGACCUGCUGGGGUUGAAGUGGCGCGAGAGGCAGGACGCGGGCGUCGAGGUGGAGAUCCUGGGUGUCAUCGUCGACGGCGUGCAGGGCCGUGUUCGGGCCGAACCGAAGCGUCCCUGGCGGUUGUAUGGUGGCCGGACCUUCCUCUUGAAGUGGCGGAAGGCUGCGGGCUGGCAGGUGCGUGCUGUUCUGGGCCGCCUGGUCUCCUUCUACCAGCUGCUGAGGCCGGGGCCCUCUGUCUUCCGAAUCCUAUACGAAGUCGCCCAGCGGGACCUUGGAGAGAUCAGGGAGUUGCCGACGGCCCCGUUGCGCGAGCUGAGGGUGGCCAGGUCGCUCCUUUUCCUGGCCGUGGGCCGCUUGGGGCUGCCACCCUGCCCCGUUGCGUUCAUGACGGGCGCUUCCAUGAAGGGCUACGCGCUCCCGGGGACCGACGCGACGCCCGACGAGGUCCACGACCUCUGCCGAUGCCGAGAGCGAGCCCGCUCCAGCAUGCGCGAAAAGUUCGUCGAGCGGGAGCGCGACGGCUGCGGGGGCUCCCUGGCGAUCGGCGACUCUGGCGAGGGCUGGCGGGGUGGCGUGCUCGAGCGGGCCAGGCCGCGUGGCCCUGCGCCAGGGCGCUGUCGGGUCGAGGUCGACUCGGGGUGGCGGCCACCGCCCCUGCCCGACGUCUUCGUGGGCCCGAAGCGCUGGGAGCUGGUCGUGGUGCGCUGCGGGCUGAUGGGCCUGGCGCGGGCGGCCAGCUACACCCCGUACCGCGGCGCGGAGCUUCUCUCCGCGGGGGGCGACGUGGGUUCCGUCCUGGCCUUCGAGAAGGGUCUUUCUCAAUGGCGGCCUUGGGACUACGGUGUCAGAGGCUUGGGCGUCUGCGGGUGCGACCCGAAGAACCACUCCCACGGUUUGUGCGGCUGCAGCUCCACGAUCCACGAGUCCAGCGACUCCCGCGACCCGAUCGAGGUCUCGGGGCUCCACCAGGACCUUUACGAGGCGCUCCUCGCCGAGUUCUCAGGGGCCUCAGGGAUCUCAAGUCAUGUGGGUGAGAGGUCUCGACGGGGCCGGCGCUUCUUCCUGGAGGUCUUCUCGGGCGAGGGGUAUUUGACUGGGGCCAUCCUGGAGAUGGGGCUGCGCGCGGGGGUCCCCGUGGACCGCGAGAAGGGCCCUCACUUCGAUAUCGCGGACCCGAAGGUCCAGAAGGAGUGCCGGCGGGCUGGGGUCCACCUCGCCCUCGAGAGCCCUCAGCUCUCGCGCCUCUGGGCUUGGAGACCCCUGGUGAGAGCGCUCAGGUCGGCAUCGGCAACCAUCGUCGACCUGUGCCAGCGCCGCUCUGGGGCGCCGUUCCAGAGGCCGACGAGGAUAGCGGCCUCCCACCCGCUGUUCGCCGCGCUGGGCCGCGAGUGCAGGUGUCGACGGCGCUGCGAGGUGCUGCAGGGGAAGGUCUGCGUGGAGGGCCACUGGGUGUGGAAGACCAGCCUCGCGGCCGCCUAUCCGCCAAGCGUGUGCCGUGUCUAUGCCGGCGUCGCCCGGCUCCUGGCGCCCCUGGCGGCAGCGCGGCCGAGCGGGGGGGCAGAGCUCGAGCGCCGCUGGGAGCGACAGCUGGCGGCCUCGCGCGGCUGCGACGCCGUCGGGGUCGGCGCUGGGGCUAGGGCGGGCGGCCGCGCCUGGCAGGCGCGGGCUGAGCCGCGGGGGCAGGCGCUGGGCUUCCCGCGGCGGUCGACCGUGCGGCAGGCGACGGCGGCGCGGUACUCGGACUGCGUGGAGGAGCUCAGCGGCUACAUCGCUCGCAGCGGCGGCAGCCUCGCCGACCCGGGCGCGGCGGACUCCGCCCUGGAGCGCCACUUCGUGGCGCUCAUCCUGGGCGGCGAGGCCAAGGCCGACGCUCGCUGGUGCCUCUGCGGGCUGGCCUGGGGGCCGGCCGUCUGGGAAGCGGCGCUGGCUGUCGCAUGCGACCUCAUCGGCCGCGACCUCCAGUCGACGCUGGCGGGAGCACUGCUGCUGGUGGGCGUCGACGGCUACCUUCGGCCGUGCGAGGCCCUGGGCUUGCGUGGCGCCGACGUCUUGCGGCCGCCGCGUUCCAGCCCCCAGCGGCUGUGGGCCGCGGCGGUGGCGCCGGCGACGCAGCCAGUCCCGUCGAAGACCAACGCGUUCGAUGAAACCAUCUUCCUCGGCAGCGCCGCAACAAGGAGGCCGCGAGGGACGGGCUUCCAAGGUCAGGGCUUCGUCGGCAACAUCCUGGAUGCCUUGCUAGCGCGUGCCGGCCAGGGGCCGCAAUUCGGCGGGCUCGCGCUGGCGCAGCUCGAGGCGAUCGCGAGCAAGGCCUGCCGCCGCCUAGUUGGCCGUGGCGGUCGGGGCGCCAGCCGUGGCGCACCAGAGAAGUUGCAGGACCUGCGCGGGAUCCAGCGUCGUGGGCGCUGGGAGGUGGGCGGGGCCUCGGUGGAUCAGGACGGGUCGGAGUCCACCGACGCCGCCGGCGAGCGGAAUUCGCCGAGCUCCAUGCGCGCGCGCGGCCAGCCGAAGUUCGGCGUGCUCUACUGGGGGGGCAACAAGGAGAGCAGGGGCUGGGAGUUCGAGGGCAGCGGCGGCAGCAUCCCAAAGACCUGUCGCGCCUGCGAGGGGGUGACGGAGACCUGGCGGGGCCGCAUGGACAACAUGCACGUGACGCUGAGGCAAUGCGCGUCUGAGGGCCCAGGCUUCAAGCGGUACAUGCGGCACUUCAUGGCCCUGAGCCCCGCGGGCUCCGCGGAGUAUAACCUCCACAAGUUUCACAACUACAACAGGAACAUGAAGAAGAAGGUGCUCACCGAGCAGACGGUGCUCGGCAACCUGCUGGUCCGGGCCAAGAGGGGCAUCGGCCCCGAGUGCGGGAUCCACGCGCGCAGUUCGGCAGGGGCGGCAGCCCCUAGCUGGGCGACGCUGCUGCGGCGGCGGGCGCGCCGGUACCGGAAGCAGGCCCUGCAGGAGGGCGGCCACUUCGCCGCCGUGGUGCUGGAGGGCGGCGAGGAUGUCCUGCACAUGGGGCGCGUCGUACGCGCCGUGGACGAGGCCGCGGAGCGCGCUGAAGGCUGCCGCAUCAAGCGGCUGCUCGUCGUGCUGGGCGGGCCCGACGGCAUCUCCGAGAACACCCGCGAGGGCGCGGAACCCGAUGGAGCAAUGAUGCCUGCUGGCGCUGCUGCUCCCGUCAUCGCGUUCGCGGUGGUGCUCUUCACGAUGCGGGACCUGCUGCUGAAGCCCCUCACGGAGCAGCCGACGAAACUCAACUCGGACCGCGGCCUGGACGCGGAUGCGAACCACAUACCGCCGGUGAAGUCCGAGCUGACCACGAGUGCUAUAAGAUACAUCUCCGCACUCUACCGGCGAGUGGAUGAGCAGGAUGUCGCGGUGCAGCAACGGCCUCCUGAUGCUGCUGUUGGCCGUGUCGUGCUGGGCGAGCGCACGCCUGACCAGCCAGUGAACAAGAAGAGUCGCGUGAACGACGAGCUCAUCGACAAGGUCUCGGGGAUGGCGCAGCGCAUCAAGACCACCGAGCAGAAGAAGUGCAACGCCGCUCUCCAUCCGCCGAGUGAGGCACACAAGGACAACAAGGAGGCGCUGCAGGCGCUCGCGGUCGAGAUCGCGGACCUCCGCCGGCGCCUCGACCUGAUCCCUGAGUCAGGUUACGUCACGAGCGACGCCGACGCGAGCCUCUCGCUACAGAACGUGCAUGAUGUAAAGAAGUUGAACAGUAAUAGGAUCAUGGUACAAAAACACGCGCAAUACGCUCACGUGGGUUCCAGCAUGGAGCACGACAACUUCUUGAUAGAUAAUGUCUGCUCUGAGAGCUUCCCCGACGCGAGCGUCCUGGUCAAGCGCGUGGUCGAUAUGAAGAAGCUGAAUAGUAUUACUGAUAAGAAGAAGCCUAACAUUAUCAAUAACAGUACCAAGCGUAUAAGUAAUCAUAUUCACAAUCAUCAUCAUAAGAAUACGAAGCGUAGUAAUACUUAUACCAAUAGUUGUCAUAGUAAGUUGAUGGAGAAGCUCGAGAACGACACGUGCAUGGGCUCCAACGCGGACUAUGUCGACACCUUGAAUGCGAGCAUCCGCGCCGAGUAUUGCCUCGACUCGUUUGCGAAGCUCCUGGGCAUCUACGUCGAUACUUCCAUUCAGGUCGACGACGCUCUCCUCUGA